AUGAAGGGCGAAUUAUCGGAACUUGAAUUCGAAUUGAAGAGGCUUCUAACUCCAAAACCAUCAAAGCGAAAGCGAAAGGGAAAGGGAAAAACUAAGCGUCCAGAAGAACCACGCCGCUCGACCAAGAGCGAACUGGCCUAUGGCUUUGAUUAUGAUAUCUCUACCUCUAAAAAAGUUAAGUCUCGUUGGGGAGAUAAGUAUAAUAUCGCCCUCUAUGGUAGGCUUGGACUCCACUGCUACAAUUUUCAAAAGGGAACAAACUAUAGGUUUGUGCGCUGGCAAAAGUACAGCACUGCCUUGACUGCAGACGUCGACUACUACAUAACUUUGGAGGCUAUGGAUCCUGCCCGUCCUAAAACAGUCUUCGGUCAUUGUGACUCAGUCUUCUCUUUUCAGACAAUGCUCAGCGAUGCUGGACGUACAGACGGUAUCUAUAUUACGUGGACGACCUUAGCCGCCAGAGGCAAAUGUAAAGAGGCUCUGGAUGAUGAAUUUGACGAGGAUACAAUAGAUGAUUUCUACAAAAGUGGAGUGCUCAAAUGGUUGUCUGAUGAGGCCAUGGCCGGUGACAAUAAAAAGUACUACGUGGUGCAAGAAUCAGAGUUGCGUGAGAAUGACUGGCUGCAGCUUUUCAUGGAAAUCGGAUUCUUCUCGAAAGCAAAGCGUCGUUUGGGGGCUUCCCCACCCUUGGAGAUCAAGAAGGUAGUCAUAGAAACUAAUGAAGAAUACAUAACAGAGGCGCGCGAGAAGCUCAAGGCAAAGAAUGCAAUCUACUACAUAAGUUACAAGUAUAUUGGUGAUCCUUCAUCGGUUUGGGCGGGUGAUCACAAAUCAAUAUUAAGGAAAACCAUGGAUGGUAAACCAGGGCACAUGUGUCUUGAAGUUGCAGAUGACGAAGAAUAA